CGCCUAAGUCAGGCAAGCCAACUGCAGACCGAUGCCUAUUCGAACACGCCCAGGAUACACAGAAGGACAGACAAUAAGGAAAAUAGUCCGCGCCAAACUCCUUGGAGAUUUACAAAGGGACAAUCGAGUCAACGUUUGGGUCUUUAACCGAGAAAAACAGAAGAAAGAAGAAUGUCGGCCAGAGGGGGGAAGAAGAAGACCACCAAACUGUCUCGCUCGGCCCGGGCUGGGGUCAUCUUUCCUGUGGGGAGAAUGAUGAGGUACCUCCGGACGGGCACUUACAAGUACCGGAUCAGCAUGGGGGCCCCUGUCUACAUGGCAGCAGUCAUAGAGUACCUGGCAGCGGAGAUUUUGGAGCUGGCGGGGAAUGCAGCGAGAGACAACAAGAAGGGAAGAAUAACUCCACGUCACAUCAAGCUUGCGGUAGCCAAUGAUGAGGAGCUCAACCAGCUGUUGCGGGGGGUGACCAUAGCCAAUGGCGGGGUCUUGCCCCGAAUUCACCCUGAGCUCCUGUCCAAGAAGAGGGGCGGGCGACUGAGGGUGGAGACCCAGGUGACCGUGCCGGAGAAGAAGCCGGGCCGUCCCAAGAGCAGCAAGAAGCCCACCCCCAAAAAGACCAAAGGGAAGCCUGGCCGAAAGUCAAAGAAAAAUGUGGAAAAUGACAAAGAAACGGCGGCCAACCAUUCGGAAGAUGAGCCCGCGGGGUCGGAAGUGGAGCCCGGAGACGGUUUCACGAUCCUCUCGGCAAAGAACCUGUUCCUGGGACAGAAGCUUUCUUUAACAGAGAGUGAAAUCAGCAAAAUCGGAUCCAUCCAAGUAGAGGGGAUCAUCAACCCCACAAAUGCAGAUAUUGACCUGAAAGAUGGUGUAGGCAAUGCUCUGGAAAAAGCUGGUGGAAAAGAGUUUGUGGAGUCGGUGAAAGAGGUCCGGAAAUCACAGGCGCCUUUGGACGUUGCUGCAGUGGCGGUCAGCCAGGCCAGCGGACUGGCGGCGGAGUUCAUCAUCCACUGCAACAUCCCCCAGUGGGGCUCGGAGAAGUGCGAGGAUCAGCUGGAGAAGACCGUCAAGAACUGCCUGUCGGCCGCCGAGGAGAAGAAGCUCAAGUCGCUGGCCUUCCCCGCGUUCCCCGCCGGCCGGAACGGCUUUCCAAAACAGACAGCGGCCCAACUGAUCCUCAAGGCCAUCUCCAAUCAUUUUGUGUCUGAAACGUCCUCUUCCCUUAAGAACAUCUACUUUGUACUGUUUGACAGCGAGAGCAUCGGCAUUUACCUUCAGGAAAUGGCCAAGAUGGAAGGAAAGUAAAGCUUCUCGUUUUUAUUUUUUUAAAGCAAGUGUAAUAAUGUUUCAGGUGGAUUUUUUGCAACUGGUAUAGUGCGGUCCCAAGGAUUAUGUAAGUAGAUUUUUAUCCAACAAAGGUAGUUUUUGUGUGUGGGGGGAGGGGGGGUGGGGAUGUGAGUGAUGUACUGUUUGCAUUUACAUAACAUUGUUUUCUUCUUAAAAGAUUGCUUCAUAUAGAAUAGAUUAAUUUAAUCCAUUCGGGCUUGUCAUUUUUUCCCUUCUACCCAUUUGUUUUUACAUUCCAUUUACAAAGGCAUUGGCCCUCAAUUUCUUCCCCAGAUUUCCUCUGUAGUUUCUGAUAAUGUUAGUUUACUAAGAAAAAAGUGUUUCUCAUUCUGCUUUGAAAUAAAUCAGAUGUUUUACACCA